AUCCCGUGUCAAAACAAAUUACUGGUUUUGCGAUGUAAACAUGAACGAGCGAAAGAUAUUACUUUUUAUCCUCUCCGUGAUUUUUUAUUGCCUGUACAGUGUUCACAUGUGGUUCAUCACAAAUAAGUCGAAUGAGGAUAAACCGACGAGCCCUGUUGCGGCUGUUGAAAAACAAGAUGUUAAGCCAAACAUUUCACGUAUUAAAUAUGAGAUGAAGACGAGAGUGAUUCCUUUAUUCCUGAAAGAUGCCUGUAGCGCUUUGCAAGUAUUCACAGAAAAACCAUAUUGUAAUAAAACACAAGAAAAAUUAAAACGUAAAGAAGAUAUGGAAACUGAAAACAGUUCAAUUACAGUGAUUGGCAUCACUGUAUUUUUAGUUAUAUUGGUCAUAAACGCAUUACUAGACGUCCUCAAGGUGAAAGAAGAAGAAAGAGCAAGACUCAAAUUAAACCCUAACGGGGAGAGAAGACAGUCUCUGGCAGAGUUCGCGAACAAGAAAAUGCUGCGUAGGGAAUCAAGCAAAUUUGGUCUACAGUUGUUCCAAAUAGCUGAAUCGGUGAUGAGUUCGGGUGGUGAAAAAAAGAAUCAAAGAGAAGUAAGACCGUACACAAGAGGGGAAUCAAUAAACUCCUACCUCAGCGAAAAGCCAAAUAAAACCGACAAUUCAGCACCGGCGUCCAUCGGCGAAAUUGCCGAACCUAAAUCGGCUAAGAGACAAUCAAUCGCCAAGCUUUUUGACAAUAAUUUACAAUGGUUGCCUCAACGACCUGUUUAUAACUAUCACCACUGUGAGUUCAGAUUUUGGAGAAAUCCUAACUUGAAGACAAUACCGUAUUCGCUAUGGUAUCACAUGUUUAGAGGACAGCAGACCAGAAGUCUUAAUAUAGGGUGUCUAAGUUAUCCAAGAUGCCAAGAAACCUGUAAUUCAACAAGACGUAUAUUACGACUAAAUCAAAAUUCUACAGAGUGUACUUUAAAUUAUGAUUUUCCUGCCAUAUAUAAUCAUAUUAUAGUUACGUCAGUUGUGCCAAGUUUGUUUGAACUAUGUAAAAGAAAGUUUUACGAAAUAAUUAGUGAUGCUGCAAAGAAAUUGACACCUACUCCCAGAAGUAUUUAUUGUGAUUUUUAUGAUACAGGAUACAAUGAAAAUAACAAUAAUGUUAAAAGUCUACAGGAAAGUUUAAAUCAUUGUAAUAUCAACAGUAAUGAACAUAACGAUGAAAAUAAUAACAAAAAAGAUUUACCAAAAUCAAAUAAGGAAAGUUCGAAGGAAUUUGAUGAUAUUUUAUUAACAACGAAAAGAAAGGGUAGCUGCGUACCUAAAGAUAUGAUUGAGGAGUAUUUUUAUUACUUACCCAGAUUCAUAAAGAAUGAUUUAUGUAACGGACCUUUAUCGAGAUGUGAAAACGUGCGAUGUAAGAAGCCUAUAUUUGAUUUCGUUUAUUAUGAAUUCUGUAUUGAAAAAUUAAUAUUAAUUGCGGCAAGUGAAGACAUUAUACUAAAUGCCGCUUUUUGUUCCAAAUCUUGUGCCGAAGCAUGGAAGCCGGGGAAGAAUAUUGUUCAUUGGAAGUUUGUCUAACAUUAUCAAAAUAUUAUCAUAGAAUUAUUAGUCGGCAAGUGUUAAAAAAAGUGUGUGUGUCAGCUCCGCCGCACGACUGGACUUUACUCCUU